AUGAACGGUCCUCUCCAUUCGACCGCCCGGAUUGUCUCCGUUGUCGCGGGCACUCUGGUAGCUCUGUCCUGCGGAACCAAUUAUGCAUACUCGGCGUGGGCCCCGCAAUUCGCACAUCAGAUGAAACUCUCGUCGACCGAGAGCAACCUGAUCGGCGCGGCGGGAAAUCUGGGGAUGUACGCCAUGGGUAUCCCCAUGGGUCUAUUGACUGAUGCGCGUGGGCCACGACUUAUCACGCUGAUCGGUUCAGCUCUCCUGGCGCUGGGAUACUAUCCAAUCUACCUUACCUAUCAGAGCGGACCUGGAUCGGUCCCCAUUAUCUUUAUAUGCUUCUUUGCCUUCUUGACAGGUACCGGUGGCUGCUCAGCCUUUGGGGCUGCCAUAAAGACGGCGGCUUCCAACUUUCCUGACCACCGCGGUACCGCAACGGCUUUCCCGCUGGCUGCUUUCGGCCUGAGCGCCCUUUUCUGGUCUAACAUCUCAACUCUCAUCUUCAAGGAUGAUACCGGUCGCUUCCUCCUUCUCCUGGCCGUCGGCACUUCUGUUCUUUCCUUCUGCUCAAUCCCGUUCCUUCGAAUCUUCCCCCACGAGCCUUACUCGUCCGUGCCGCACUCUGGCGCCGCAGAGCUUUCCGAUUCUCAAUUAUUACGCCGGCAAUCUGUUCCAGACGUUCCCGAUUUUAACAACCAUAAUGCCACUGGUUUUGAAAAUGGACAAUCGGCCCAUCCGCGAACGCAAUCCAUCGUCUCGAUCCACCGGCAGGCAGCCCAUCCCCAUGACACUGACGAGACUUCGUCGUUGGUGUCCAAAUCCGAUAUCAGACCGUCGUUUGACACUCUGGAUGAUGACUACCUCGAUAACGUGGCUGUCGAGCCCCACCACCCUGAUAUCAGAGGUCUGUCCAUGCUCAAACAUGUCGAGUUCUGGCAACUUUUCAUGACCAUGGCGCUUCUCUCGGGAAUUGGCUUGAUGACCAUCAACAACAUCGGUAACAGCGCCAGAGCUCUGUGGAAUCACUACGACGACAGUGCGUCCUCCAAGUUCAUCCAACAGCGCCAGGUCAUGCACGUCUCCGUCUUGUCGUUUGGAAACUUCCUGGGGCGUCUUUCUAGCGGCAUUGGCUCUGAUGUCUUGGUCAAGAAGCUCAACAUGUCCCGCACUUGGUGUCUCCUCAUCUCCUCCGUGGUCUUCACCUUUACUCAACUCUGCGGAUCCUCCAUUUCCAACCCGAACACGCUGGUCGUCGUCUCCAGCUUCACGGGCAUCGCGUACGGUUUCCUGUUCGGCGUCUUCCCAUCGUUGGUUGCACAGACUUUCGGCAUCGGCGGUCUUUCCCAGAACUGGGGUGUGAUGACCCUGGCCCCGGUUUUCAGCGGAAACGUCUUCAACCUCCUCUACGGCGCCGUCUACGACCGCCAUUCCGUGAUCGGCGAAGAUGGCGACCGUCAGUGCCCCGACGGACUGGCUUGCUACCGCUCCGCCUACUACCUGACCUUCUUCUCCGGCCUCGCUGGUAUCUGCGUCUGCCUCUGGAGCAUCUUCCGUGAGAAGCAGAUCAACCACUCGAUUCACAGAAAGAGUAGCCAGCGCCUGGCGUAA